AUGCCCCUGCCAGAGACCCAUCCAGACGGCGACCCAUUCGCCGAACGCGACGCAGAGGCUGCACGCUCGUCGUGGCUGGGUCGCUUGGAAUCAAAGGCUCUCGCCGAAAACGCCGCAGAAUCGUCGUCUGUGGCCUCGUCGCCUGCACCAGCGAACAGGAAGAACGGUUCUGCACCGCCCAAGCCGGCUCUCCCGAAGCGCGAGUCGAGCGGCGGCACCGGCAAGGCGAGGCAGAGUCUCGGGUUCGACUCGAAGGGCAACGAGAUCCUCGUCGUGGACUCGGACAGCGAGGAGGACGAGGACUAUGAGGGCGGAGGAGCUGCAGCGGCGGCGGACGAGGACGAGGCGUCUGGCUCGGACGAGGGAGAAGGCUCUGGGUCUGACGAGGGAGAAGAAGGUUCGGAAGCUGGAGAGGGAGACGAGACUCCCAAGGUCGGCGCUACGGAGAACGAGGAGGACGACGAGGACAGCGAGGAAGACGACUCGGACGACGACUCGAGUUCGACGACCAGCGAGAGGCACGAAGGCGGGGAGGAUGUCGAGAUGGCAGACGGCGGCGCGGCGAAGGCCAAGUCUCCCAAGAAGGCUCGUGAGGGUGACGACACUGGUGGCGAUGCCGAGAUGAAGGAUGGAGAAGGGAAGGAAGGUGCCGAGGGCGAGCCGAAGGAGAAGAAGAAGCGACGCAGGCGCCAGCAGCGGACGCCUACGCCUCCGCCGCUCGCGCCCAAAGAGCCUCGUCCUACGAUCCGUCUUGAGAUCGCCCUUCCGCCGCGCAAGGACGAUGUUGCGCCCGAGUUCAACAUCGUCCAGCUCGCGAAAGACGCGGGCUUCAUCAAGGACGAGCCGAAGAAGGAGGGCGGUGACGAUGACGAGGGCAGCGAGAGUGAUGGACAAGGUGGACGGAGGAAGAAGGGCAAGGAGAAAGCGGACGACAAGGGUACGCCUGGAGCUGCAGAGGCGGGAGAAGCGGGAGAGAAUGGGCCUCCGAAGAAACGUCGCAAGCGCGGACCCAACGCCGUUCUCGGUCGCUUCGGCGGCUACGAUACAAACGAUCCCUUCGUCGACGACUCAGAGGUCGCCCUGUACGAGCCUCGCUUCUACGCCCGCCCGAAGCGCGAGGGUUACUUCGUCUGCGCUGGUCCGGUCGAGGUCGCGCCCCGUCGCGGGCGGGUCAAGGGUUCGAAGAACAAGCCGAAGCUCGACGAGAAUGGCAAUCCCGUACCCGUGGCGACGACGAGACGGAAGUCGACGCACAAGGUUGUGGUCGGCGCGGACGGCAAGCCUGUGCACGACGCCGACGCGUCCGCAGGACCAAGCGAGUCAGGCGCGUCCGUCCCGCCCUUCGGCGCAGCAGCUCAACCGCCAAAGAAGGUUCGCAAGAAGGGCGAGUUCUCGCCCGAGCUGCAGGAAGAUCUCGACAUGCUCAAGCGGGAGUCGAAGAAGGAACCGUGGAUCAUCAAGAACAAGUUUCCGCAGCACCUCAAGGAGCUGCUCACGUCGGUCGCCUACCACGCGCUCGACCUUGAGGAGUACGACGACGACUUCUUCGCCGAGAUGCCCAAGAUCUUUCCUUACAACCUGUUUACGAUGAAAAAACUCAUCAAGAGGGAGGUGUUCCACAAGCGCAUCCUCGACAUGACUACGCAGCAGGACGAGCUCCUCUCGGUCAUCCAGGACGGCAUCGACCAGUCCUACGAUGCACAGCGCCUCGAAUUUGAGCGGAAGCGCGCCGAGUGGGAGAAGCAGCAAGCGGAGGGUGGAGGGUCGGCGGCGACGAACCUGUUGAGGCGGACGCCCGAACCAACGCCUGGUACGCCCGGCUUCGGCGGCUCGCCCGCGAUCACGACGCCACUCAUCGCCGUAGCCGAGUGCACCGAAGGUUCACCUGCGCCGGGUAAGGACGACGAUGACGAGAAGGGCCAGGCCGAACCGAAGUGGCGCUUCCGCUUCAAUGAACAGAUGCGCGAAGCGCUGUACAAGGUCUCCGAGCUCGAGGAUAAGAAGUCGGAGCUCAUAAGCGAGAAGCAGUCACUCGAGAAGGCAACGACACGCGAGGUCAACCGCGAGAAGCCGCACUCGGUCAAGAACGCUCGCAAGCAGUUGUACCAGCGCAUCAUCAACCUCUGGCCGCAGGACAUGAUGACUUCGAAUCAGAUCUCGAGGGAGAUCAGCAACUACAAGCUCAAGCUCAAACGCGUGGGCGAGUUGCCUGCAGACGCUUGA